UUCCAAAUGCAAAAAAAUAAACAAAGUGAUAUUUUAAUGCAGAAUAAAUCUUGUUUUAUUUUUAGCGUUUUGAAUAUAAGGAGAAAUAAAAGCCGUGCGUGACCUUGGCAGGUUUCGUGACGUCCAUGUGGUGCGUUUUGUCAGUAUUUAUCAGAUAUGACUUGUACAGGGCUACUUGGGAAAUUAGUGCCCACACACACACACACACACACAGAGAGAGAGAGAAGGUGUUGUUGCUAGGAUACACAGUGGUGAGACGGAGGAGAGAGAACAGAGCGUUAUUUUAAACGACUGCUGAGGUGAAACCAGAGACAGAAAGACGCCUCUGUUCCUGCAGGUCUCCGGACUGGACGCAUGACUCUGGAGCUUUUCAUAGGGCUCAUCUUACUGAAGACGUCUCCUGUCGUCCCAGAGUGCCUGUGUUUUGUGGUUUGAGCUGAAAUGGAUCAGAAAAGCUUCUUCCUGUCAGAGACGCGUCUGUGAACACCCGAGCCAAUGGAUGUUAAAGGCCAGGGCUGGACGGAUGAAGAAUCGGACGGAGAGAAUGAACCGGAGCAGUUUCUGUACGGGAUUCAGGGGAGCUGUGCAGCUGACCUGUACCGUCACCCACAGCUGGACGCAGACAUCGAGGCCGUAAAAGACAUUUACACGGACAGCGCUGUGUCCGUCAGAGAGUACGGCACCAUCGACGACGUGGACAUCGACCUGCAGAUCAACAUCAGCUUCUUGGAUGAGGAGGUGGCGACCGCGUGGAAGGUGAUCCGAACCGAGCCCAUCGUCUUACGCCUUCGCUUCUCUCUUUCACAGUACCUGGAUGGACCAGAGCCGUCUGUGGAGGUGUUUCAGCCGUCCAAUAAAGAAAGCUUCAGCUUGGGCCUUCAACUAAAGAAGAUCCUCAGUACGUUCACGUCGCAGCAGUGGAAGCACCUCAGUAAUGAGUUCCUCAAAGCCCAGCAGGAGAAGCGGCACAGCUGGUUCAAAGCCGGAGGAACCAUCAAGAAAUUCCGAGCAGGAUUGAGCAUCUUCUCCCCGAUUCCCAACGUGAACUCAUCCGCUGGCUGUGGCCUCCAUCUUGGCUCCAGGUCUCCCAGUUUCCCCCUGAUCCAGGACUCGGUGUUGAAAGGCAAACUGAACGUGCCCGAGCUCAGAGUCACCCGGCUCAUGAACCGCUCCGUCUCCUGUACCAUGAAGAACCCCAAGGGGGAGCUGUUUAGUUAUCCUCCGAACAGCCAGACUGUGGCUGUCCCGGCGGGCAGGGCCCCUGCGCAGAUUACCACCCGCCAGCUGAUUGAGUUGUUUUUCUCAUCCCAGGCGGGCGGACACUGCAAGAACAUCCCCACGCUGGAGUACGGCUUCCUCGUGCAGAUCAUGAAAUACUCUGAGCAGCGGAUCCCUACUCUGAACGAGUACUGCGUGGUGUGUGACGAGCAGCACGUCUUCCAGAACGGAUCCAUGCUGAAGCCUGCGGUCUGCACGAGAGAGCUGUGUGUGUUUUCCUUCUACACGCUGGGAGUGAUGUCCGGAGCGGCCGAGGAGGUGGCUACCGGCGCUGAGGUGGUGGAUCUGCUGGUGGCCAUGUGUCGCGCCGCUCUCGAGUCGCCUCGUAAAAGCAUCAUCUUUGAGCCGUAUCCAUCUGUGGUCGACCCCAAUGACCCCAAAACCCUCGCCUUCAACCCGAAGAAGAAGAAUUAUGAGCGUCUGCAGAAAGCUCUAGACAGUGUGAUGUCUAUUCGGGAAAUGACGCAGGGCUCGUAUCUAGAGAUCAAGAAGCAGAUGGAUAAACUGGAUCCUCUGGCUCAUCCGUUACUGCAGUGGAUCAUAUCCAGUAACAGGUCUCAUAUUGUGAAGCUGCCGCUCAGUAGGCAGCUGAAGUUCAUGCACACAUCUCAUCAGUUUCUGCUGUUGAGCAGCCCGCCUGCAAAAGAAGCUCGAUUUCGCACCGCAAAGAAGCUCUACGGCAGCACCUUCGCCUUCCAUGGCUCCCAUAUUGAGAACUGGCACUCGGUUCUGAGGAACGGACUGGUCAAUGCUUCUUAUACUAAACUGCAGCUGCACGGAGCAGCGUACGGGAAGGGCAUCUAUCUGAGCCCCAUUUCCAGUAUUUCCUUUGGAUACUCAGGAAUGGGGAAGGGCCAGCAUCGCAUGCCCACUAAAGAUGAGUUAGUGCAGCGAUAUAAUCGAAUGAACACACUGCCACAGAGUCGACCCAUACAGUCACGCUUCCUCCAGAGCAGGAACUUAAACUGCAUCGCUCUCUGUGAAGUGAUCACAUCCAAAGAUCUGCAGAAACAUGGAAACAUCUGGGUGUGUCCGGUGUCUGACCACGUCUGCACACGCUUCUUCUUCGUGUAUGAGGACGGUCAGGUGGGAGACGCAAACAUCAACACACAGGAGCCCAAGAUCCAGAAGGAGAUCAUGCGUGUGAUCGGCACCCAGAUCUACUCCAGCUGAGGGCCUUCCUUUCCUCCGCUCUGUCCAUCUCUUCUGUUCAUCUUCUUCCUGUCUUUCGCAAGGGAUGCGGGAUGAGAUGAAGGAAAUCUUCAGGAUAAGCCCCGCCCACAACCCUUUGACUUCCCACAGAGCCGCCGCCGCUGUCAAUCAAAAGCAGACAGGCGCCUGAUUGGACGAGACGGAACUCACCAGAGUGUGAUGUCACAUCUGUCACUCGUAAUAUCUGUACACGUAAAAACAAGAAACUCCUUUCAAAUGUUUACUGUGUUUUUUUGCGUCUCUGGAUAGUAGAUGAUGAACCUGUGCGUUUUAUUGUGUUCGUAUCUUCUUCAUCUUUCUCCUCCGCUGCUCUUUCUGAAUGAUGACAUGUAUUAAUAUCCCGGAUGGAGUUUCCUCCUGACAUUAAUUUCCCGUCUUUUGUUACUCGGCUCUGCCGAGAGGACGGGGACACGUCGUUUCUCAUGUUUAUGCUUUUUGGUGACGUCGUCUGAAAGCUUUAUUUCAGACAUUCCCGAGUGCUUGAGAGGGAUUUCCACAGAGCUCUGGCUUUAUAGGAAGAUGCACACUAGCAGUCAAACAUUUGGACACAUUAUUUAUUUUAUUUCCACACGUUACAAUAAGAGUAAAGUGUGCAAACUCUGAAAUCAAAAAAAGUUAGCGUGCAAUGCAAGUUGCAAUCGUCUCGUCUUGAUGUGCUUGGCAUCAAAAGGCUUCAAAAAUGAUUAUAGCAGAUGCAUAAUAAAUAAAAAUGCAUGCAUCAGAAAAAAGGUUCAUUAAAAAGUUGCACGCCAUUCAGAACGAGCCAAAGCAAAAAUGAGUUAUAAACCAGAUCAUGAGAACUUCGAUUUAAAUGCAUUUAUUAUUAAAUCUAAUUCUGAAUCGUGCAAUUGAAAGAUUUAUGACAGUCACUCAUUGUUUGUGGAUGUCAUAAAAAUAAAAUCAAGUCAAAUAAAAAUGCAUUGCACAUUGAAAUGUCAUGCCACUUGUCAUCCAGUUUGUGAUCAUCUUUAUGAUUUGUUUUUGUAAUAUUUCUAAACAUAACUUACUAAUCAUAACCUGCCAGUAUGGCUAGUGAGUUAUGUGUUAGCCUGCAUGGCAGGUGUUGCAUGGAUAAAUCAUUUAUACCAUAUUCCAUACAAGAGAAAGAGAGAGAAUUUUAAUAAAAUAAAAAAAAGAAGUAUAUGAUUGAUUUCAGUGAUUUAAUCAGAUGUGUUGUGUCCAGGUGUUUGACUUCUGGUGUUUGUGCUGAUUCUGUUGGAUCUCUCUGGUGUUGGUGGGAUUGUAAAUGAUUUGAUGAGGGUCCUGCACUGAUUCUCUCGCCUCAUGCACCUUUUCUUCUGGAUCUGUGUUGGACCUGAAGGAGGCUGUACAUAAUGAAGGACAGGAGGAAUGCGUUCUCUGGUUGUUUCUCUUUGCUCACGCUGUAUGAACUGAUCCUGAUGAACUGAAUUAAUAAAGAGAGGUUUUUUUU